AUGGAUUUUAUUGACGAUGAUGGACAAAUUGAUAUAGUUUGCCAUUCGGCGGGUAGUCAAUUUUUCGACCAAGUCAUUGGUCAUAUAGAAGAUAUUGUGUUAAGCGAGGAGUUCCAAACAUUGCACGACUCAUUUCUGGAUAAAUACUGCAUGAAAUUCGAGAAUAAAGAAGAAAAUCAAUUGGAGCACAUGGACAUAUUCCAGAAAUAUACUAUAACUUUUGAGAAAUUCCUUGUAAAUGAAGUCACAAAGCACAUGAAUAACUUUGACAUGAAACGAUUCGACAAAGAACUACAAAGUUAUGAAGCAAACGGACAAGAUCCUUGGGACUUUAGGGAUUCAGAGAUUUAUGAAUUACUGCAUUCCUUUCACGAUUUUCAAGCAUUUAAGGAGCUAAUGCUAGAUUAUCGUAGUAGGAAAGAGGGCAACAUACAGCAUUUAAAUUUUGAUAUUCUAAUUACUAAGCCAUUGCUCGACGAUUGAUCUGAUAGAUCUUCAGACAAUUUUUAAAUCGAGUAACCAUGCUUAAAAUUUAGAGUAUAUAUUUUCAUGAAUUUUAU